AUGGACGAUCAAUUUGGCAUGGAAGAUGGAAUCGAUCUUCCACCUCCAUACUCGCCGAGUGUGAAUCCAGUCAGCAGCGCCUCAGCCCAGCCCUCAGACAUCAGGCCUUCAUCAAUAUUCUCGUCCCACGUAGCCGGUCUUCGAAGCGAAAUCACCGCCUCUCAGGCUGCCAGAGCCUCAGCCAGAGAUGACCGCGACAGCUACGUAUUGUCGCUCAUAGUACCGUACAUGGAAGACUUCUUGUCCUCCAUUUCAGAGAUCCAUCCGACGCCGAGGCUUGCGGAAGCGACGUUUGUGCCCGAUGCAGCGAUCGGCGAGAGCUGGAAGUUUAGCGACGAGGAUGAAAAGCGCGUGGGGGAAUUUAGGACGCUGAUCCGUGUUCGCGAAAACACAAAGAAAGGCGACGGCCAAACGAAGAAGAAAGCAGAUGGCUAUAUUCCAUCGUCACGGUCGGAGGGUGGUGAUGAUGAGGCUAGCCGCUCACUUUGGUGGGAAAAUGAAGAUAUGGCGCGGAGGCUUGCGAAGCAUCUACAACCUCAACGAUCCGCCCCUGCUCCUAGAAACACGCAAUCGAUUAGAGAACGAUGUGCCAGUCAAGCGAACAGCAGCAAGAAAUCUAGUAUUUGGGGUUUGUUCAAGAAAUCCGACGAGGCAGUCCGGCCAGCAGCCCCCGCGGUUGAGGAGCCCAAAGAUGACGUGGUGAUGACCGCUAAAGCUGAAGAAGUCACGUUUAGAAAAGAGAACGAGUUUGGGCUAUGGGAGACAUUGACGGGAUUUGGCAUCGUGGUGCGAGUGAGAAUUAGGAUGGCCGGGGAUGUUGUUAAGAGAUGA